AUGUUCAAGUUUCCCGGAGUCGCAUUCAUCACGGGUGCUGGUGGAACGGGUAUCGGGGCAGCUGUUGCCAGGGGUUUUGCUCGGUCAGGCUGUUCAAGAAUCGCCAUCACAGACCUGAACAGAAGGUCACUUAUUGACACGCGCGAUGCGAUUCUAGAGAUCCACCCCAAAGCGGAGGUGUUGAGUCGGGAAGGUGACAUCUCUGACGAGACGUUUGUCAACUCGUUCGUUGGAGACAUUGCCAAAGCUUUCUCUCGUAUCGAUUAUUCAGUGAGCUGCGCAGGAAUCUUGGGGGCAUCACUGAAAUCUCACGAGACGUCGACGGCGGCGUUUGAUCUCAUAAACAAUGUCAACUACAAGGGCAGCUGGCUGGCGUCUCGCGCCGUGCUAAGUCACAUGUUGAGACAAAAGCCAUUAUCUGAGCAUCCGGAGCAGCGAGGAUCUAUUGUGAACAUCGCGAGUCAGCUCGGCGUAGUCGCCCGACCAAAAGCUGCCCCAUACUGUGCAUCAAAGGCUGCCAUCAUCAACAUGACGAAAUCCGACGCCAUUGAUUACUCAGAAGAUGGAAUCAGAGUGAACUGUGUCUGUCCGGGUGUAAUUGCGACGCCAAUGACGACAGCAAACGAGGAGCUGAUCCAGAGGCUAAAGCCAGCGGUUGACAUUGCGCCCAUGAAACGGAUGGGGACACCCGAAGAGGUGGCGAACGCAGUCUUAUUCUUGUGUUCUAGCCAGGCGUCAUUUGUUCAAGGGCACGCACUGGUCGUUGAUGGCGGCUACACAAUCAAUUAA